AUGGUGUUCUCGUUCAUUCUUACAUUUACCAUCAGUGUUGUGGCUGCGUUUGAUGAUGAAUGCGUGAAAUGCGAUCUACGCUCGUCGUACUGCAAAACAUGGGAGAACAUGACGAGGAGUUGCGAGUGUCGAGAUGGUUUCGCGCGGAUUUCAAAUGGAUCUUGUGCCAUGGUCAGCGACCUGGCAAGAGGUGGAAUGGGAAUGCCGCCGGAUUCCGAGGAGGAUGAGCCGUUUUGUGUACUUGGACAGGCUGAAAAGGCGGCAACCAGAAUUCUAACCGAGCUACUAUCGAAAUACGACCGCAAUUUGGUGCCAAAAAUGAAGGGAGUAGAUGUCGAUGUGGAAUUAUUGAUUCAGCGAGUUUCAGAAAUUUCUGAAAUCCAAUCCAGCUCGACAAUGCACAUUUUGUUCAGUCAGAUUUGGCACGAUCCGGGUUUAUCGUUUGAGCACGAAGAAGGCGCUCACUGUCUAACAAAUCUCUCACUUUCGCAUCGUAUGGUCGACAAUAUCUGGCUGCCAAACGUCUGUAUCGUAAACUCCAAAGGCUCCGCAAUUCACAAAUCGCCAACACCCAACAUUUUUUUGGCCAUUUUUCCAAAUGGUACCGUAUGGAUGAACUAUCGGGUUGUGGUUGAGUCCCCAUGUGAAAUGGAUUUCUCGUUUUUUCCCAUGGAUCGUGUCAUGUGUACUACCAUCUUUGAGAGUUAUGCAUUCAAUGUUGGAAAGGUCCGUCUGCACUGGAAGCGUCAAGGACAACCCGUCGAAUUCAUCGAUGACGUCAAACUUCCUGAUUUCCACAUGACAAAAUUUGUGCACGAAAAAGCGACAUUCAUCUAUCCGGCUGGUGUUUGGGAUCAGCUCAACAUAAAACUGCUCUUCCGACGCUCCUACGGGUUCUACAUUCUCCAAAUCUACCUACCCACAUAUUGUAUGGUCCUAAUCUCGUGGAUUUCAUUCUGGCUGGACCGUCGGAGUCUUCCGGCACGUGUCACAUUGGGCGUUUCGUCACUUAUGGCUCUCACACUACAGUAUUCCAACGUUUCCAGAAGUUUACCAAAGGUCUCAUAUGUAAAAGGAUUGGAUCUCUUCAUGUUUGGAUGUAUUGUCUAUAUAUUCUUAUCAAUUGUCGAGCUGGCUGUUGUGGGCUCUUUGGAGCAGCGGAAGCAGCAGAGAACCAACGGUGACGGUGAUUUCUUGUCUGAUGAUGACAUCAAAAAGAACAUUUUUCAACGUACAUUUUCCACCAAAUCUUUUAAGUCUGGCUACGGCGCCCGUCACCAUCAAUUUUCCGAGUGCGCCAGUCCGGAAGACGGUGGCGAGUGGCCGAAAACGCGAACGGAAUGGGCCGAAAGGACAUAUGUGGAGUGUCCCGAACCAGAACCACCGGAAUCCAAUCGACAUCCUGAAGUGGAGAACGAUAGUAAUAAUAAGAUGUUGGUACUGGUACGUCAACGACGGGCGUCACGGAAACGAAGGAAACGGCUAAUGAGUGGAAAACUGUUCCAGCGGUGGACCGCUGAGGACAUGGAUCGAUUCUGCCAAAAACUCUUCCCCAUCACAUUCACAUUCUGCAACCUUAUCUACUGGAUGUACUAUACGGCAAAGUCCAAGGACUGA